AUGGCUGACGAGGGGAAGAAAAAAUCACCAAAAGUUCAAAUACAAGUCUCGAAGCCUAAGGUGGAAAACAAAAAUAAAACGUCGCCCUUAAAGCGUAAGAAGAACUCAAAAGUCCCUACGAAAUCACCUUUACGUGCUGGCUCAGUGGCAAAACAAAGUAAACCAGCGAAAUUGAAGCACAAGGAAUCGGGCUGCAUAUGCGUAAAACAUCUGCCCAAUGGAUUCGACGAGGCGGAAAUACGAGAGUUUUUUGAACAGUUCGGCGAAAUUAUACGAGUAUGCGUGGUAAGGUCCAAACGCACCCAGCAAAGCAAAGGAUUCGGAUACAUUCUCUUCCGCUUUUACGAUGUUGCUCAAAUAGCAGCAAAGGCUGUAGACAAUUAUAUGCUGUUUGGGCGCAUCCUGAAAACGAAGAUGCUACCAAAACGUAUCAAAACCAUACCGCGUAACUUUGAUCUAGGAUUCGAAUCCAAGAAAGACUUUGCUGAAGCACAAAAGCAAUGGCUUCAGGAAAAGGUGCAAGAAACGAAUGCACAUGUAGGAAAUCGGCGUUUGCGCGAGCGUCGUAUGAUACAUUUGCGAAAGCUGCAGAAGGCUAUAGAGGAGCUUGGCAAAGUCGGCGUUGAGCUGCCCGAGAUGAAAGAAUGUGUGGCGAUACUGGAAAAACAGACUAAAGAUUUAGAGGAUGUAAAAUUAUUCGCGAUGGAAACGAAACCAUCGACUGAACAACCAGCCAACGAUGAUGAUGAUAGUGAUGUUGCAGUUGAAUCAAAGCUUACAUUGGACUCAAAUGAGAACGAUGAGUCAUACAAGCAGGCAGCAAUCAAGAAAGCGUCUUUACAAUCAAAAAAAUUGUUGUCAUCAAAAAGUGACAAGAAAGCUGCAGCUUCACAAGAUGACAAAGUUGCUAAAUCUAUUGACAAAACCGUUAGUAAGUCGAAAAAGUCGAAAUUAAUACCUCAGAAGAAUAAGAAGGAACUGAACACUUCUCAGACUAAAAAAGCGAAAUCGGCCAAAGCUGUGAAAAAAGGGUCCAAAUUGUAAUUUUCCAAUUUCUAUCUUCCAUUUUUUGUAUUAAUUAAAGCACAAAUAUUG